GCCAUGAAGCACGUGCAAUAUCACGUGGUACACUUUCCCAACUUUUGCGGUGCUGUGUAGAAUAAUGGAGAUAUAAUGAACCAAAUCACAAAGGAUGCCUGUUGCAGGAUCUGAUAUUCUUCCUUUCUGUGUGAAUUCUUUUUUCAGCAAAGUUCCAUUUACUAUUAUCCAGCUUGUUUUCAAUAAUUUAACUCUAAGGGAAAUUUUCUAUUUGACCUUUUCCGGCAACAGUCUUAUUUCUGAUUACUGCAAGUCAUUGUUAUUUGAAUCGGUUAAUAUUGUUGAAGGUCACGAUGCUUCCUUCGGUUUUGAAAAUGCCCUUCUUUCCCCUUAUAAAUUGCUAAUUCGAAAAGAACAGCUUUUGAUUUUUAAAACCUAUUUAAGGCUAGUUUCAAAUUUAACUCUCCAUCUUGACCCUACCUUGCCAGUUUACUCAAUUUUUAAAUUAUUCGAAUCAAACAAUAUAUUUUUUCAGGACUUAUCAAGUGUCAACUAUAAUCCAAUUGGCUACUGUUCUGAUUCUUCUGAUAUUUUCAACGAGCACUUUCGAAAAAAAAGUAACCCAUAUGGUAUAAAUACGUUUCUUUAUGAUGACCUAUUUGAUUUUUUUGUAAGGAAAAUUGUUGCCUAUAAUACCUUGCACACCUUGAAAGUAACUAGAAUUAAAAAUCUAUCAAAAAUUAAAUUUUUUUUUGAACUUUCAAAUGUUAAUCUAAAAAAAUUAAGCAUUUCAUAUUCAGAAUUUGAUGAGUACGAGAAAAAACCCAAUGCAGGUCUUCUCUUGAAGAAUUUGUCAAAAUUGCAAUUUCUCGAUUUAUCAAAUAACUUUCAUUUCUCAAAUAACUUAAUUUUUUCAAAUCUUCCUUCCAAUUUAAAGUUUUUGGAUUUAAGUUGUAAUAAUAUUUCAUCAAUUGAAAAUUUAAAUCACUUGGGUUCUUUAUCACAUUUAGAUCUUUCCGGAAAUUGUAUUAACCACCUAUGCAAUUUACAUGGGUUAACUAGCCUUGAGUAUCUUAAUGUUAGUAAAAUGGAUUUUUCUUUUUACUCCUUUGAGAGAUCCUUUUUAAAAAUUGGAGAUAUUUCCUAUUUAAAAUCGUUGAAAGUCUUAAACGCGUCAAAUAAUUCUUUGUCUAAAAUUGACAAAACAUUAAAUCAAUUAUCUUCAUUAUCAUCUCUUAAUUUGUCAGGAAACUUUAUCAAGGUGAUAGAAAAUAUUGACAAAUUGACAAAUCUCAAAAAAUUGGAUCUCUCUUAUAAUUUAAUAGCUUCAAUCAAGCCAAUAAAUCCAAUUUGUUGCUUGAAGAUUAAUUUAGUCUAUUUGAACCUAAAUUAUAAUUGUAUUAACGAAAUCAAGGGUAUUUGUCAACUUGAUAAUUUGAAAUAUCUUUUUCUAACCAGAAAUUAUAUCAAUGGGCUGGAUUUAGAACAAUUGAGAGUUUUAAAAAAUUUAAAAAACCUUGUAUGUGAGUAUUGAAAUAGACUUAGUAUUUCGUCAUCUAUUCAAUCUCUCAAAAAGUUUUCUGUUAAUUUUUUAAUUCCAGUAAUAAAGUUAUCAUUCAAAAUUAGAAGUUAAAAAUAAUCUACAAAUAAAAGUUGUAAUCUUUUUUUUUUUGUUUGUUGUUGUUGUGUUGGAUAAAAAAGCCUGCUUCUGAAUGAAAACUAAUUCUUAAUUUUAAAUUAUUUAAUAAGUUUCUACAGUUUCAGUCCAAUCUUUCUA